AGAACACUCUCUUUCUCUCGGGGUACUGUCUAUGAUCAUGAAACCCUUGGUUUACGUGCUGGUCCAGAGAUGAGUUCGCCCUUUUCCGAAUUUUGUCCGAGUUCGUUGGCUUCGGCCAACUAAGGCAUAUUUCAAAACUUACCGUCUGCAUUGAUAGAGUAACGCUAAAUUCAUCAUAAUGGUAGAACAGGUCCAAGAUAAUGCAAUUAGCGCUUGGCCAUUUACCAUUCACAGGUUAUUGUGGGCUGAACCUUCCUCAUGGUCAAACAUUUCUCACAUCAAAGACUGCUUCUUGUUUCUCUCUCAAACAGGCUCACCAUUUCAACGACGCACCUAGUAUUCUCAUUACCUGCAGGACACAUCUUUGUUACAAACUGCCUGACCCCGUUUAUUCACUCUCAAGAAACAGUGCUCACUACAAUCAAAGAUUCCAAGCUAUGCUCCGCUCCGUCCAACUCGAGCCAUGUCUCGGGUUCACUUUACAUACACCCCAUACGUCGCCAUGGCCUUUAACAUGCUCUCUCUGGCAGCCACCAUCCUUGGCGGCAUCUACGGCUGGCACGCAACUUUCUUCAUCGUCGCCUUAUUUGGGCAGCAUCUGCAUCACCUCGGUUUCGUCCACCCACGCGCUAGGUCAGGUUGCCGCAUGUGUUGCAACUCUUUUGAUAUGGUCACAAUUUCUAUAUCGCCUGCGCGCCUACCUCACACCGCCUCCUUCUCGUUCACAAUGCCGAAUUCACCUCGUUAAACGCCCAUCUCCUCCACCCCAAAAGAUGUCGACUCCCUACUACCAGCUCCAACGGCCUCUUGUCUGCCACCAUCGCACCUGCUGGGCCGCCGCCGCAGCAUUUUCAACUCGCGAGAAAAAAGGCCUUGAUGGCCUCACGCCUUUCAUGCGCGAGCAGUGGGCGCUCGCUGCCCCGGGGAUCCCACAGCCGGAUAUGGAAGAAAUCUUGUCUACACUCACCGUCACACCCGAACAUCACUUCGAGCGCUUCGUCAGCUGGGCCAAGGAGAGCUGGGAGAGUCUGCCUCGGAAAGCGGAGCUGGUUAUUUCAGCGUUGGUGCUUGUCCUGGCCGUCAGGCCCGCGAAGACCGUCGUAAAAUUCCUAAGUCAUGUGGAAUGGACGAGGCUAUACGUGGUCGUUGGGAUGCUAGUCUUGGUGUGGUUUUGCGGCGGUGGGACGGUGGAGAGGGCGCCGGCGCCGAGGUACGAGACUGUGGUCUCGUACUAUCUAGUUCCCGAAAUCAAGGGAUGGAGUCGUUAAUAGCAGGCUGGCCUGCUACGUUCGCCCAGAAAUGAAGCUCGGCGGCGUCUCAGUGGUCAUGAACGAGGAGGACAAAUAGGCGGGCCUUUUCCCGCAUAUGUUCGCAUGCAUCUAUCAUCUAAUCGAAGGGUCAUAGGAUUUAACGUUAGAGGGAUGCCCUAGGUGGCCGGUUAGUUCGAAUCGUCAAAUUCGCAGGGUUGAACACAGGAUCGAUGAAUGGAAGUUAGCCUGAGAUAUUGCACAAAUACAAGGAGGUUUGCACGCAUCAAGAUAAUAUAAG